UCGAUGAUGUCAUCUGAAAACUCACUCCCCCAAGUCAAAGGCGCCGAUUUGUUCUCUUCUUUUUUAUUUUCGCCCUAGAGUUUCUCCAAUGCGUCGCGGACCACAGCACAAAAGGUAGUCAAAUAACGAGGUAGUCAAAUAACUGAAGUUAAACUGUAGAUAAGCUUUGCUGUCUAAACGACGCGGGACUAAGGGGGUUUGGCGACUGGACAUAGAACCAAACAGCCCCUUUUCUGUGGGCGAGCGCGUCAACUUUUAUUCGAACCCCAAAAAUGAAUCGGAGUUUUAAUAAAUCUCAGUCUUCCCUGCAAUACUUGGACUGCAUCGCGGUUGAAGUGAAAAGCAAGUACGGAGCAGAGUUCCGGAGGUUCUCCGUGGACCGUUUCAAACCGGGGAAGUUCGAGGACUUCUAUAAGCUCAUCAUGCACGUUCACCGCAUCUCCAACAUGGAGGUCAUGAUUGGCUACGCUGACAUCCACGGAGACCUGCUGCCAAUCAACAACGACGACAACUUCUGUAAGGCGGUGUCUACGGCCCACCCACUGCUCCGGGUCUUCAUACAGAGACAAGAGGAGGUCGACUACAGCAGCUACGGGACCCACUCUCUGACCCGGAAGAAGAAGGCUGUGGUGGCGCUGAGGAACGACGUCAACAGGAAGCGACCUCACAUCCGCAUCGGAAUGCCGCAGGACUUCCGGCCAGUCUCCUCCAUCAUCGAUGUGGACAUCUUGCCGGAGUCCCACCGCCGCGUUCGUCUCUACCGUCACGGCUCCGACAAACCCCUGGGGUUCUACAUCCGGGACGGGACCAGCGUACGGGUGACACCACAUGGCCUGGAGAAGGUUCCUGGGAUCUUCAUCUCCCGCAUGGUACCUGGCGGCCUGGCUGAGAGCACAGGCCUGCUGGCUGUUAACGACGAGGUCCUGGAGGUCAACGGCAUCGAGGUUACUGGGAAGACACUGGACCAGGUGACUGACAUGAUGAUUGCCAACAGCCACAACCUGAUUGUCACAGUGAAGCCGGUGAACCAGCGGAACAACGUGGUGCGAUCCAGCCGGAUCUCCGGCAGCUCCGGUCAGUCGUCAGACAGCAGCGGUUCCACCGGCUACCCCAGCCUGUCCACCACAGCCAUGGCGACCGGUGCCGACGAGCUGGAGAGCGACGAGGAGUCAGACAUCGUCAUCGAGAGCAGCCUCAAGCGGCCGUCGCGGCGCUCCAACACAUCAGUGGUGUCUGUGGCAUCAACAUCACGCUGCCACACCCAAGCCCCUCCCCCAGCACCCGUGGAACACCCCAGCCCCCCUACCCGACCGCUCUCUGUGGUUUCCACCGCCUCCUUCCACUCCCAACCCUCCUUCCACUCCCAGCCCAGCCUCAACGGCCUCUCCCACCACGGCAGCCUCAGCUAUAUGCUGCACAGGGACCUGAACCUACAGCACCCACAGUACCAGCCCCACACCCUCCAGCACCACCAUUCCCAGCACCACAGCAGCAACCCAGCCCUCCGGGAGAGCAACGGCAGCCUCCACAAAAUCCUCAGCACCAUGAGGACGGACCCUCGACACAGCCUGGCCCUGCCCCGGGGAGGGGUGGAAGAGGACGGCACCGUCAUCACCCUAUAAUACACACACCUACACUUUUAUAACACAGACACACACACUUGGAUGUGAGCUGGAGCAUCCCCUGCCCGGUAUAUCCACCAUGAGAAUGAACAUUGUUCCUCAAACCUCCUCCUAAUUUCUUUAAAAGUUUUCUAAGACAAAUAAUCCAGGAAACAAGGAAGAGUUUAUUCUGUAUUGUUUGAAAGUUUUCUAUGUCUUGUAAAUGUCCUGAUGGGAUUCACCUGCUAUCCUUUAGUGACCACUUUUAAUCUGAAUUGCCAUCUUCUUUUUGGGACCAACCCUGAGCUUUUGUUUUUAAGAACAAUUAUGUGUCUGUAAAAUGCUGCCUGUCUGUACUGAUCCUCUAUCUCUGUAUUUUAACUGGAAGAUUCUCAUCUGUAUCUAUUCCAAUAAAUUAUUCUAAGCUUUAAUGAGAAAGUGUUGGAUCAUCACAUGUACUAAAACUCUUACUUCCCUUACCAGCAGUCAUUUAUACCUGGUACGUUUUGAACCGCUAUCAAGGAAUACUUCCUACACUGAAUAUGGGCCUAGUCUAUAUCCUGUUUCCUCUACUCCACCAGUUCUGUUUGUGAAGCUCCUAAAAUGUUCUCCAGGAAUGCAACGUGCUCUUUGCUCUUAUCUUUACUGUUUACUCAAGACACCUCGGCUCAGCUGUGAACCCUGUUACACCAGGGAGGGGGAUGUGAACCCUGUUACACCAGGGAGGGGGAUGUGAACCCUGUUACACCAGGGAGGGGGAUGUGAACCCUGUUACACCAGGGAGGGGGAUGUGAACCCUGUUACACCAGGGAGGGGGAUGUGAACCCUGUUACACCAGGGAGGGGGAUGUGAACCCUGUUACACCAGGGAGGGGGAUGUGAACCCUGUUACACCAGGGAGGGGGAUGUGAACCCUGUUACGGCAGGGAGGGGGAUGUGAACCCUGUUACGGCAGGGAGGGGGAUGUGAACCCUGUUACACCAGGCUGGAGUGUGAAGGUGAUAAGCAGACGCAAAUUCAGGUGUUAACCUCUCAUUCACUUUCCUACACUAUUGGGCACACACAUUGAGAUCCAUGUUCGGAUCCAGUGGUACUUUCGUUUACAAGCACAAUCUAUCCAUCCAUCCAUCCAUCCAUGAUAUGGUAAACUUUGAAGUAUAUGGAUUAUGUGGGACACUAAGCCAUCCAUCUGUGGUUUGAUUUUUGUAUGGGAUUCUUCUCACCAUUAUUCACAUUUUAGUUCAAAGCUUUUAAGCUGUCAAGGUUUGCACAUUUUUUGUUGUUAAACAGUCUUGUUGUUUCAACUCUUUAAAUCGCCAUGUUAGUACUCCCAGGAUUAACAUAGGAUUAUCACCCCAUUUUGGUUCACAAACAUGUCAUUUUUGUUGCUCUUUCCUUUUCCUCUCACCAAAGGCUGCUCCGGUUACCUUGACAAUGUGGUCUUCUGAGCAUAUUGAGGUUAUUCUCUGCAUUUCUUCACUAUGGACAGUCAGUUUAACCCUGUUGAGUAGUGCUAUAAUGUAUUGGUCACUGCCCCCUCCUGGUAGUACCAUCGACUCAGUGUGGGCCCACAUAUUCACACCUAAGAAAUAUUACAGGUUUUAUAUUUAUUACAGAAACGUCUAGAUUUUUUCUGGAAUAAUGUCUAUUGUUUUUUACUAUCUUUUUAAUGUACAUAAUGAUUUUAUAAUAGAUUUUUACAAGGAAAAACGAUGACCUAUGAACAAGUGAUUCCAUUAGGUAUAAUGGUACGAGGAUAAUUAUGAUUGGGAAUAUUUCUGCAUAUCAUGUAAACUCUACUGUUUUUAUUCUAUGUUAUGAUGAUGUACAUAUUUCAAUACAUUCUCCACACAUACAUUGGAGAAAAGGUUUGUAAAACACUUGGUGCCUUUUUUAAUUCAUUUUAGCCCAGAUAUGUACUGAGCACUCAAAUGUAAACAAUAGUUGAAUGGAUAUUAGGGCUUGAUCUGUAACUGCUCAAUCAUUAUUUUGUAGGCCUAGUUGCUCUUUCAACGUAGUAAACUGUAAGUAUCACUUCAACUAAUUCCCACAAUUGAAAUUCAAACCCUUUAUGCAAUUAAUUUGAAAUGUAUUGUGAAUAUUGUGUUCAUAUUAUUUUCUUACUGUUUUGUCAUUUUUGGGGGGGAGAAUUUUUGGAAAUAAAGGUUUUA